CAGAAGCAAGGGCAUCACGUAGCUGGUUGUGUCUUCUUUAAUCUUUCUAAAUUUGUUAAGCAGAAGCAAGGGCAUCACGUAGCUGGUUGCGUCUUCUUUAAUCUUUCUGAAUUUGUUAAGAAGCAAAGACAUCACGUAGUUGGUUGUGUCGUCUUUAAUCUUUCUAAAUUUGUUAAGAAGGAAGGGCAUCACGUAGCUGGUUGCGUCUUCUUUAAUCUUUCUAAAUUUGUUAAGCAGAAGCAAGGGCAUCACGUAGCUAGUUGCGUCUCCUUUAAUCUUUCUAAAUUUGUUAAGAAGCAAAGACAUCACGUAGCUGGUUGGGUCUUCUUUAAUCUUUCUAAAUUUGUUAAGAAGCAAAGACAUCACGUAGCUGGUUGGGUCUUCUUUAAUCUUUCUAAAUUUGUUAAGAAGCAAAGACAUCACGUAGCUGGUUGGGUCUUCUUUAAUCUUUCUAAAUUUGUUAAGAAGCAAAGACAUCACGUAGCUGGUUGGGUCUUCUUUAAUCUUUCUAAAUUUGUUAAGCAAAAGCAAACACAUCAUGUAGUUGAUUGCGUCAUUUUUAAUCUUUUUGAAUUUGUGAAGAUGGAGUCAAAAGAAGAAAGGAAUAACUACUACAUUCAGAAAAUACUUUCAGAUGUUGUUACGAAGAAACUUGUUGAUCUUUUUAUCAAAGAAUGGAACACUCAUCACAAAAAAUCCCACGGAGAAUGGGAAAAUACAAACGUUAGUGGUCAGGAGUUGUUCAACAUUGAAAGAUCAAAAAAAAUAUUUCGUGAUGAAAAAACAUUGUUAAAACUUAAAGAUGGUGACACAAGUAAGUGGGAUUGCACGACAAUAUGUAAAGCAAUAUUGUUUACCCACUCAAUUGGAACAAGAAUUGAUCCAAAAGUUAAAGCUGCUGUGGAAAAACUUCGUGAUGUAAGAAACGGUUUCACCCAUGAAAAUCCAGGAAGAGUAUCUAAUACUGAAUUUGACACAAUGCUUUGUGAUAUUGAAAAGUCAUUUAAAGAUCUAGCAUUUUCAUUCACUGAAAUUAAUGAAAUUAAAUGUCAACGAAACACAUUUAAUUCUUUUCAAGAACUUCCUUGCAAACCAAAUCACGAUGUGGUUAAACGUACAGAGUUAGUUAAUCAAAUCACAGCAGAUCUCAAUAACUUGCACAGUACUAACAAUAAUGAACUAACAUAUUACUAUAUUUCUGGUAAUCCUGGCAGUGGUAAAUCUCAAUUAGCUAGACAAGUUUGUGAAGAAAUGUAUAACUCGUUUGACUGGGAAAAUAAAACAUCAUUUGUGAUGACACUCGAAGGAAAAGAUAUCGACUCUCUUUUGAAAACUUAUGCUGAACUUUGUAAACGAUUAAGCAAUGAUAAAACUGCCAUUGAAAAUAUUUUAAAAGAAGCAAAAAGCAGGGAAGACAAAAUUAAAGAUUUUCAAUUAUUUCUGAAACAACAACUGAAAUCUUGGCGAACAUGGUGGAUUGUUGUAGAUAACGUGGUUGAACUUCAUAAAAUUUAUCCAUUAUUACCUCAAGUUGGUGAUCAUAGCUGGAAAAAUGGUCAAAUUAUAGUAACUGUCCAAAAUACAGAUGCUAUACCACCAGAUGGAAAUCUAAGUAAACACAUUUCAGUUGCUCAUGGUAUGAACAAUGAAGAAUGUCGAGAACUUCUAUCUGUCUUUUCUGAUAUUCAUAAUGAAGAUGAAAAAUCUUUAAAGGAUGUAUCAGACAAAUUAGAUUGUCAACCGUUGUUCUUGGCAAAUGCUGCUUCCUACGUAGGUAAUGUAAAAAGUGUAAAUCCGACAUUCACGUGGGACAAAUAUUUUGAUAAGUUGAAUGAAGGAAGGCGACAGAAAAUGGAUGGCAAUUUUCAAAAAAUAAACUCAGCUUACUUAGGAAUGAAAACUGUUAUGUUAGCAGUACAAAAAAAUGCCGAAGAAUCCAUCUUGUUGAAACAUGCUUUUAAACUUUUCACAUUAAUAUCUUUCGAUCCCUUACCACAAGAUGUUAUAAUACCAUUUAUUAAAAGCAUUGAUCCACAAAUAUCUGAAGAAGAUGUCUGUCUUCAAUUAAAGCAUUGUUCUUUAUUCCUUCAAACGGAAAACAACGACAUCCGCCUGCACAGCGUUGUACACGAAGCCAUCAUAAAUUAUUCAUCGCAGACCUUUGGCUGUAAACAAAACGAAAAUAAUUCUAAAAAGUCUGCAGCUGAUCUUGCCUGUCAAGUUGCUUGGGCACUAAAUCAUUUUGAAGACAGAGAAGAUGAAAUCAAAAUA